AUGGGUGUUGUCCAACUCCUCAAGCACAAUGCCCCUGUUCUUCAGAUCAAGCUGCAAAAUCAAAGCUCUUAUAGAUGGGUCACAUUGAACAAAAGCUCAGAUACGGAUAUUAAUGAUGAUACUAUAAUAGAACCCCUGGACUCAGAUUCAGACGAGAAUGACCAGGAUAAGAACACAACCACAGAGGAGACAGAGGAACCAGUGAACACUGCUGAAAACGGAACUCAUAAAGAUGGAACUCUGGAGGAGCUACGAGACCAAGAACUGUCUGAGGAAGAGGACGAAGAGGAUGAACCACCAAUCCUUAAGUAUACUCGUCUCAGCUCACUACCGCCAUCAUUCUUCAAGAAAGAUCCCAUUUCUAGUCUGUACUUCCAUGAAAACGUGUUUAUAUUUGGAACCCAUACGGGGUUUAUUCUUCUUACGAAGCCAGACUUUACUAUCCUACGAUCAUUCAGAGCACAUAAGGCAUCUGUACUUUCCUUAUAUACUGAUGGUGCAUUCUUCGCCAGUGGCUCCAUGGAUGGAACUAUAGUGAUUGGAUCGGUUGCAGACGCUAAUGAUAUUGUAAUGUUUGACUAUAAGAGGCCUGUUCAUGCUGUUGUUCUAGAUAAGAAUUACCUGAAGAACCGAUCGUUCAUAUAUGGUGGAAUGAGUGGGAAGGUGGUUUAUUCAUAUAAAUCGUGGCUCGAUCAGAGAUCUGAGUUGGUUUUAGAUGAAGAUAAUGGCACAAUUGUGGGCAUACAAGCUAUCGAUGACUUGCUUCUAUGGAUGAAUGAUAAAGGUAUUACUAUUUAUCAUAUCACUACGAAACAGGUGAUUACUACAAUUUCAAAACCUUCUGACUCCUUCCGCAGUGAUUUAUACUGGCCAAGAGUUUGUUUUCCUGAAACUAAUAUGUUGUUAAUUGCAUGGGGUAACUACAUUUGGUCGUUGAAGGUGUCUGUCAAGGGUAGUGGUGGUUCUGGCGCUGGUACGUCGAUUAGGAGCAGAUACUUACCAUCAGCGCCGUCGCUUUCGUUUCGUGCAGCCAAUGAAAAGAAAGUUGAAGUCGAACAUGUCUACAAGAUGGACUUCUUGAUUUCAGGUAUUGGUAGUUUCAAGGAUGAUCUUUGGAUUGUGCUUGUUUACAACCAACCUGAGAGGGACGAGGAAACUGGAAGCAUUAAAGUCCAGAACCCGGAUAUAAAGCUUGUCAGCUCGAUCGAUGGCUCUACAGUUCAUGAAGAGGAGAUAGGUUUUAACUUCACCGAGAACCUCGGCCUCAAUGACUAUCAUCUCGGGAAGCACAUCGGUGAGAGAUCCGUUCGUUAUUUCAUCAUGAGCGCAAGAGACGCGAUUAUUGCUGAACAGAUCCAGCUAGAUGAUAGAUUACAGUGGUACCUCGAUAGACUGAUGUUCUUGGAAGCAUGGGAAAUGAGUCAACACAUUGUCCAACCCGUCAAAAGACUCAAGUUUGGUGUCUGGUACAUCGAUAGUCUCAUAAAGCAGGAGAAUUGGUCUCAUGCUGCUGAAAUGCUUGUGAAGAUUUUCCACAUCGAUCCGAGUGAGUUUCCCAUGGGAGAUACAAAAAGUACAUUGGGUACGAAAACAUCUGUUGCGCUGUCUAUUGAAGAUAAGGAAGCAUUUGUGAGGGAAGUUUCCUCGCAAUGGAGUCAGUGGAUCUCUAUUUUCAUUAAAGCAGGUCAUGUUGAGGAGAUUACGCCUGUGGUACCAGCUGAUACGAGAUGGAAUCUUCCAAAGCACCUUUUCUCGGAUAUUUUAAACUACUGGGUUGAUCAACUUCCAUCCAAUGAGAAAUUCUACGAACUCAUCAACAAGUGGGACCUUGACCUAUACGACUUUGGCUCUACAGCCGAGAAAAUUGAGUCUUACCUUGAACAGCAUGAAGAUGAUACUAAGUUGAGGAAACAGUUGUGUUCUCUUUACGAGAGAUCAUAUAAUCCUCGCAAGGCUGUGUCUCAUUUUGUGAAAUUAGAAGACCCAAACAUAUUCAGCUUCUUAGCAUCGAACCAUAUAUUGCCCUUUUACGUUUCGGAUAUACCUCAGUAUAUUCGAUUCAGGUUUAAUGAUCCUUCUGAUUUGGAAAGGUUACCAGUGCAAAAAGUCGGCUCCAAGUUACAUGAUGUGAUUGAUAUCUUGGUCGAUGCAAGGCACGAGAUUUCUCCUGCAACUGUUAUUCAAACCAUGUUUGAAAACCACAUUGACAUCAUCAACUACUUCUACAUUGAAGAGUUGGUGAGUAUCGAUGAGUUGAUCGUCAAAAGCUUCGAAGAUGUGCGUGUUCAAUUAUAUGGACAGUAUGAUCGUGCUAAGCUUCUUCCAUUCCUAACAUCCCACGACAACUAUGAUAUCUCAAAAGCAAUCGACAUUUGCGAGAGAAAUGCAUUGACUGAGGAGUUAGUGUAUUUGCUUGGUAAAGUGGGCGAGAACAGAAAGGCCAUGCAAUUGAUUAUGGAACAGCUCAAUGAUCCUAGGAGGGCCAUCCGAUUUGCAAAGAUUCAAAACGACGAAGACACAUGGAACAUGCUUUUGCAGCAUUCCUACUCCAGGCCAGAAUUCAUCAAGGCAUUGAUAGAGCUCGCAGAUGAUCAGUCAAGUUCCUUUUAUAAUCCUAUAACUAUCUUACAAAAUAUGGACACGGAUGUCGAGGUGGAAGGAUUGAGAGACUCGGUCAUAAAGGUGGAAAACGACAACCAGGUGACCAUGGUGGUUAACGAGUUGAUUUUGAGAAUUGUGGCCAAGCGGUCUCAGCAAAUGUCGCAGACAUAUUACAGCGAUAUGAUCCGUGGAAUCGAGAUAGACGAAAAGGAAUUCGAGCAAUUCUCGUCUGAGUUCGAGGCCCUCGCUAUUCUUAUUGAUUCUCCUCAGGGUAAGCAUAGACUUGUUAAGGAAACAGACUUGGUGCCGGAUUCAGCAAAUUAG